CUUCUCAUUUCUCAAUUCUCCGCAACAACCAAAACUGAAAAUGCCCACCGCACUUGGAAGAAACCUCCAUAUGUGCUUCACCAAGAUCAAACCUCCUCUAAGCCCCCAGUCAUCUCCUCCCCUUCAUCACCACCAUCCAUUUCUCUUCAAAAAUUUCAACUCUCUUUACGACUACCACAACACCACCAACGUUAACGCCUUUGACUCCACCACCAAAACUAUGACUCCCACGCAUUCCUCAGACUCCACUUUCUCUGAAUCCGAACCGGUCUCCGAACCCGACUUUGCCACCGUUUUUGCUUCGCAACGGUUCUUUUUCACCUCCCCGGGUCGCUCCAACUCCAUCAUUGAAUCAACGCCGUCCGUCGCCACGGCUGAAUCUUCCGAUACGCCCGUUGGAAUGAUCAGUCCGAGGAACGAAGACUCCAACCAAUCAUCAGACGUUAAUUUAUUAUCGCAAGAUUCGUUUCAAUCGUUAUUGAUAAAGUCUGCGAGUGUUAAAGACAGUGUGGCGGUCCACACCGACUCGCCGGACCCGUACAUGGACUUCCGGCGAUCUAUGCAGGAGAUGGUGCAGGCAGGUGACUUGGUGGACGUGAAAGCCAACUGGGAUUACUUGCACGAGCUUCUUUUAUGUUACCUGGCGUUGAAUCCGAAGAGCACACACAAGUUCAUUAUAUCAGCUUUCGCUGAUCUUCUGGUGAGUCUGAUGUCUUCGGACGAUAAUUCCGGGGGAGGUGAGUGAGUUGUUUGUUUCCGUCGUUGGGCGGCGGGGGUGGAGGAGGUGGAAGCGGUUGGUUUUUAGUGAAAUUAAUGUGUACAAUGUGGAGGCUUGUCGGUAUGAGGGAUAAUGUAAUUAUUGUCUAAUCUUGGUUGCAGAUUUAUUUGGCAAUACAUAAUAUAUGUGGGGAACUAUAAAGUUGGUCCUCUUUUUUUUUGUCUUCUAAUUUAUCAGCCUUAUCUU